UCCUUCGGCCACAACACUUAGUGAUGUGAACUCGCAGCGGUUGGACCUGCUAACUGAACGAUGGCCCAAAACAAAUCUGCUCUGAGUCUCCUGUGCCUGUUGGCGUUCGUGUCUGGACACUGGGCCACUGAGGCCGUGCCCGACCGAACAGAUUCUGUGAUUUUCAGUCCGCAACCUUUGGCGCGCACCAAGGCUGUGCCGCUGGUGCAGUCACGAGGGGAUGUCCCGGAGCACGACGGCUUCGACUUCGCCAGUGUCGUGUCCAGGUUCCUACCCACGUCCUCAAAGAUUAAAAAUGAUGCCUGCAGACAGGACAGUCUGGCCGUGUUGGAGGCCCUGAAAACACUGCAGCCGUGGGCGCUUCAGAUGGUGGACGCGACAGCAAAGUUGCCAGCCGGUCUGUUGCACGGCAACAUCAAGAGCUACGGCCAAUUUGAUGAAUGUCUGGAAGUCAUCUCGAAAGGAAGAAGACAGUUCGUCGGCCAAUAUUGCUUGGCCAAUGUGCACAUCCAGGCCUUUGAAGAAGUCACAGACAGAAUUUUGGAAGAGAUCACUUUAGGACGCCGAGCGAAUGAGAUCACUUACAAUCGCACCCACAUGCCGGUGCCCGACUUGUUGCCUUCCAUGGCUUUGAUCCAAUUCGCCAGCUGUAUUCCUUCGUCCUGCACGCCUGAGGACGUACAAGUCACCCUGACCGACGCCAUGCAGUGGGCGGUCAAACCCACAGGCAUGAGAGCUUCCGUCCAGGUUUACCCUGAAUCCUGCACGACCCUGAAAUCGAAUCCAUUCACGAAGGGUGAAGUUGCAAUGAUACUGGUCAUCGUCAUAUUGCUGCUGCUCGUCUUCUUCAGCAGUGCCUAUGACAUAGCGGAGCUGAACUAUGCUGAAAGUGAGAGUCCUAUUGGGAAGGCUUUAGUGGCAUUUUCUCUGCCGCGUAACUGGGAACGACUUUUUAAAGAGGACGUCGUUCAGCCAGGAGUGAUUGGCUCGCUCGAUGGAAUCCGAGUAUUCAGCACGCUCUGGGUUGUGAUGACGCACAAAAUUCUCUAUUACGCCCAGGAACCAUGGAUUAACAAAUUGCAACUUGUCGAUGCUUUAGCUAGCUUGAUAAAAAUGCCUCUGAUCAACACUCUGCUGAACGUGGACACCUUCCUCCUGAUCUCUGGUUUACUUAAAGCCUAUCACUACUUAAGAGAUCUCGAAAAUAAACGGUUCAACUUCAUCUCGUGCUACACUCGACGAUACCUAAGACUCACUCCUGCCUAUAUGGUUGUGCUCGGGUUUUAUGCAACCCUUCUGGUCCGUCUGAGCAGUGGACCUGGCUGGAACAAGUUUGUAGAACAGCCAACAGAUGCAUGCAAAACCAACUGGUUCUAUAACCUCAUCUACCUCAAUAACUAUCUUGACAAUGGCAACCAGUGCAUGGUGCAAACUUGGUACCUGGCAAUGGACUUCCAGCUAUGUCUGUUGGCGCCAUUGAUUGUCUACCCUCUCUGGAGAUGGCCCAACGUGGGAAAAUUCAUUUUCAUCUCAGUUACCUUGCUCUCAGUUUCGAUUCCAUUCAUAACCAUCUACUGUGCCCGAGCUGUGCCAUCCUACGUUCUGGGUGCUUCUGACUCUAGCAUUCAGUGGUAUAUGCAAAACAUCUACUUCAUCACCCACCAAAGAGCCAGUCCGUACAUCAUUGGUCUUGCCCUCGGCUACAUUUUCUACAGGAUGAACACCACCAAAGUGAAGCUGACAAAGGUCACAGUGGCUGCUGGCUGGGCACUUUCCAUGGCUGUCCUAUAUGCUGUGGUCUUUGGGUCGUUUGACAUAUUCCAGUAUGGGCAUGAGUACGACCCAAUGGAGUCUGCCAUUUACGGCGCCCUUCACCGUCCUGCAUGGGCUCUAGCGGUUGCCUGGAUCAUUUUUGCUUGUAAUUGCGGCUAUGGAGGUUGGAUCACCACUUUCCUCUCUGCAAGAGCGUUCCAGCCACUCAGCAAACUUUCCUACUCUAUUUUCUUGACCCACUACAUUGUUCUCAUGGUGAACACGGGAAGAAUGCGCACUGCUGUUUAUGUUGAUGAAUAUACAUUAGUGCACCAAUACCUUGGGGAUAUUUUCCUCGUUUUUGGAGUUUCUAUGAUUCUCUAUCUCUUUGUGGAAGCACCCCUAUUUGAGCUGGCGAAGCUUUGCUUUGGCAAAAAAAAGGGUGGCAACAAGCCUUCCGCCAUCAAAAUCGAGCUUGACACCGUCCAUGUGGCCAAGACUGACAGCCAACUGACCAGAUUGGCCUCAGCAGUAGAAAAACCCUAAGAAUUUGUGUAGAACCGAAGACUUUUUUUCUUAAAUUAUUCUAAGCUGUGCCUACUGUCUACUGUGAAAUCUGAGUGUGCCUGAUGUUCAAGAUUCAACUUACUUCUAUAGUGCUGAUUUAUUUGGAAAAUGGAACCAAACUUAUCUAAAUUUGACGCUCGUACAGCUCACUGAGCGAUGAAAAUUAAAGUGAUCAAUCCUCAUCCCCAGCUAGUAGUGUGUAAAUAAUGUACAUAUAAAAGCUUAGACAUUUUAUCUUAACGAAUGCCACGAUUUUGCCUGUCUACCAUUGUGAUACAAGGGGGCGAAAGUUUGCCUCUAUUUAAGUUAGGUUAGAUCUGAAACUCGAAUAAAAAAGCUUCAGUUGUCAGUGAUUCAUUUCCUGGAUCGGUUUUUGAAAUUUGUAGCGAUGUUUAUGCUUGUGAUUACAAACGUUGAUCUUGCAUAUUUGCAAAUAAACCGGCCAAGUUUUACCAA